AUGUCGUUUACUUCGUCGUUUAUGUCGGACCCGACCAUUGCGGUGCAACAGCACCUGGGUAUUAACUUUCCAUGGGAAAAGACCCAUGAAACUGCUGUCCUGGGAGGUGGGCAGGCCAAUUUCCUGCACAUUGAUCCUGCAGAUGCAGAAUCGGAAGAAGACAGCGAUACGCAUGGUUACCCUUCCUCGACAAACCUAGCUUCCCAGCCUCCUGCUUUGGAGGUACAGGACUAUGCAGCCAUGUCGUCGUACACCUCAUACGAACAGGUGUCGGACGAAAACGGUGCCUGGCAACAGCACCAGAUGGGCAUGACAGAGUCGCCGUACACGAUCCCGAACUCGCAGGUCGAGCAGAGGGAUACUUCAAUGAUGCCAUCUCACUCGCAUGGCAAUGGAAACCCUGCUAAUUUGUCGUCGUCGCAUAGAGAGCACAGUUAUGCUUCAUCCAUAUCUGCGUUCGACGAAUUUGAGAAUGCCCUCGUUCAGGAACACUUGCCUAUGUCACAACAAGCCAGUACGGAAGAUGUGACACGUUCCACCGUACACGCACAGAAGACUGCUGGCCCCAUCGGCGCAAGCAAGACCGCCGAUAAGGCCACGAACAAGCCGGUGACCAAGAUCACGCCGGUGACAACUGGUGCGUCGUCCAAGCCUAGUUUGCAUCCUCCCAGCUUGCUGCCAAGCAUUGACAGGACAGACGAAACUACAUUCUCGCCAUCGCAAGAGCAGUCGCAAAGGCCAAAGUCGAACCUGGCUCCUCGCGAGAUGGAACCAGUUUCGGAGGAUCUGAAGUCUAGGCCGAGCGACCACGCUUCCUCUGAAACGCAUGAGCAACAGGAAGUAUACGCACCAGCCCAUGACGCGGCAGCCUAUCAUGCAGCGCCUGAGAGGCAUGUGGAGCAGUCGGAGGCACCGAUCCGCCGAUCAGGCGGUGAUCGUCGUAGUCGUAAGCCUGUGAAGAGCACAGCCCCCGCGAAUGACGCCACGAUGCCGACAUCGCCUGUGCCAAGUGAAUCUGGCCAUUCGAUCAAGACCAAGGCCAGCAAGUUUUGGAAGAACGUCUUGUCAACGAAGAACAAACGCGAAAAUCAUGUACCGCCAGUGCCAGCUAUCCCUGCGGCCCAUGACACCAAGCCGCGUCGCAACUUGCGAGAUCGCUUGAAAACCAACUUCCAUAUGGGUGGCCCACGUUCUACAGCCGAGGAAAAGCAAGAAGCAACGUACUCGAAGCCCGAUACUUUCAGGGCCUUGUACUACGAUCAAGAUUUGCACGAGAUGAACAAGUGGAUUCACCAGAACGGCAACGAGCUUCAUCAGGAUGAAGCCCAUUGGGAGGCUGCACAGAACUCUCGUUCUAAACCUCCCAUUGUGCCCAACCUGCUGAAUCGUAAUGGCACAAGCGCAUACUAUUCACCCGAGGAGCCGUCGCAGCGGCCUCCUGAAACGGAUUCGCACCGCCUCACGUCGAUGCAGUCGAAGCGUGAAUCUGAGCAUGGCAGUUCCAUGAAGCCCAACGCUCUGUUUUCGCUCUUCAAGAAGCGCUCUUCUGACCCAGACCAUUUGUUCCAUAACGCAGCCAAUGGUGUGCUCCCGCAUCGCAAAGCCAACGAGGAACCUGUUCCGGUGGAGUCGGAUUUGCGCCGGCGCGAAUCUAUGCUAAAGAGCCGACAUCGCAGCAUGAGUAUGGAUCAUCCAACUGCAUACGAUGCUAUGGAAGAGGGACCGGUGCACAUGCCGAGGACCUCGUCUACGAUGUCAGUCACAGAGCAAGAAUCGAACGUGAAUGCGUUGCCCAAGAGGAAUGACAAUGUAACUGAUCAUACACUAAGGGAUAUGAACAAUGAGAAGGCGCAUGACUCUGCAGCGGAAUACCUGGCAGAGUCGCACCCUACGGAUGAGACUACUGUGCCUAUGAUGCUCCCUCAUCGUGGAAGUCAGUCUUUGGAGAAAGUGCCCGAGGAACCUCACUUGGAAUCGCUCAGCAACGAACAGACAGGGCCUAGCAAUGACAUGACAAAGAGGAAGGAAGAGACACGAUCUCCUAAGCUAGCCAAUGAACCACCUGUUGUGCCUCCUCGUCCCAUGAAGAAAGGGAACGAGAAGCAGGAUUCUCGUCUUUCAAUGAUGAGCGAUGCCAGCUUUCAAACUGCCUUGACCCACGACCCGUCUGUUGCCAAGUAUGGUACACAGUCACCGACUGAGGGCGGCAACGUGGACACUCUUCCAUCUUUCCCUCGUCCCCGUCAUGCUCACCCAUUCCAAGUGAGCUCUUUGCCCUCGCAUGUGGAGGAAGUUUCCACGCCCGGCACAGGCACGAUGUCGACCCACCACAGUGAGCCUAUGUACAAUGAAGCUGCCGCCUGGCAAGGAAUCUCCCACGAGAAGCAAGCCAUAGCAAUGGCGCCAACUUCUGUGUCUAGUCCAGUGCUGGACACCUACUCUGACUCGUCCUCCCCUACAAAGAAAGAGAAGCGCCUUUCGCUCGGUCUCAGGGAGGACGAAUGGGCUUUGGAUCUCAACUUUGGCAAUGACACGGCGCAUGUACCUGAAAGCACUAAUAAAGGUUUGAUGUCAAGCCAUAACGUGCCUCGUGAUACCAAGACAACGCCCGCCUCGACGAGGGCUUCUACGAACCCAUUCCUGAACCUAGCACAGAAGGGCAAGAAGCCAAACCCCUCUACCUCGCACCGUCAAGAUUUUGCCCCCACUCUUCCUGACCUCAGCCAUGUCUCGCCAGUCAUGUUUGACGAACUUUAA